AGGUUAGCAGACUAGUGAGGGGGUGUACAAAGGGAGGGAACCUAAGUGGGAAGAAAAUAAGGAAGGUUAAUAGAGAAGAACGCAUUCGACUGAGAGAAAGUCUACUGGAGGCAAGAUCUCAUUCAUCAAGAACAGAAACUCUAAGACAUCAUACAGAAUUGAGAUGUUGCCGGGGUCACGGGUCGCAUUUUUACUGCUGCUUUUGCUUUCGGAGUCCAUCAGCGCCACAUCUGUGGGCCCGUCCGUGCUUCAGCCUCCUGUCACGCGUCUUCGCAUCAUUGCAGUAGAAGACGACUACGAAGAACCAAACUCAGCGACAACAGUCGGACCCCGAUCACCCAGGUCCACCAUCACCCACGCAAUCCCCCAUAUUUGUGACUAUGACCCCUGUGUGCCGCAGACGACCCCCUGCACUGAGAUUUCGGCCAAGACGGGCUGCCUCUGUCCGGGGUUGACAGGUUCGGAGAGGAAGCCUAAGGCCCCGGAGCUUCGGGAGGUCAAACUGGAACAGUCGGGACAGGUGGUCGUCCACUGGUGUGCCCCUUACUCCACAGUCACACAUUAUAAAGUAACUCUAAAAGGUGGAGAUGAGCAACAGCAAAUUUUUGGGGAAUAUUUGCGGAAUGGUGCCGUCCCUGGGCUGAAGUUCGGAGAGACGGUAUGUGUGUCGGCUGUUAAUGAGGCAGGGGACAGCGAAGAGUCGUGUGCCCAAUACGAGCCCCCAGAACUGGACUAUGCGGCUUUGAGCGCAGGGGUCAUCGGAGGGGUCAUCGGCAUCCUGGUGCUUACACUGGUGGCUGUUUUACUAUGGCGACGAAGGUCGUGUAGAAAAAGUGUUAUCGGUGAAGCAGGGGGUCUCGGCAAUCCUUCGUACACCAAUGACGGUGUUCUGUAAAGACAGACAUGAAAUGAUCUGAUGGAACAGAAGGUGACAUGAUGAAAUGUAAACUUUUCAGAUUAUGGAAGUGCAAUGCAAAAAGACUUAGUAUUUACAAAAAAUUAACUGAAAAGAAUGAAAUCUGACUGAAAACAAUGCUUCUAGUUUUAAGUUCGACUCUAACCCGCAGUGACUGGCUCUAAAAUGUAAUGUUUAAAUCAACAUGAAAUCUAAACUUACACCCUCUUUAAUUUUUUCAUACACUCUAUGAAAAACGUUUUACCUUUUUGUCACUAAGACGGUACCUUUUAAAAAGGUCCUAAUAUGUACAGUUUUAUUCAAAUGGUACCACCCCAAUGACAACUUUUAUACCUUCAUGUACAUUUGUUUCUGAGAGUGUACAUGUUCAUGGUCUUGUUGUGUUGUGUACGAUUAGGUACGAUUUUUAAUAUUUAACAAAGAAGUGUUUUAAUUUAUUUUGUAUGGUUUAAUUUGAUGAUGUUGGAGAGAGAGGGAAUCAGGUGAGCUUAAACUUAAUGUAUGCUCACAUGACUGUGUCAAACUAAUGCCAGUUAACAUUAAUAUAAUGAAGGUUACAGCAAUAACUAAGUUUUUACAAUCUAACCAAUUCCCUAGACAAAAGCAAGUCCUGCUUUAUGUUUUUCCUCAUACAAUACUAAGUUACACUCCUACAUUACAGAAGUAAAAUGUGUUUAAAACCACUAAUGGUUCUAGUCUUUAGGAAGCCUGGAGCUUCAUGCUAAGCAGAAUUUUUUCAAAUCUGUUGUACAGCUAUUUGAGAAUAUAUGGAUGUUGAAAGCUUGUUAUUUUUAUUUAGUGACUGUUUUUCAAUAAAGAUAUUGCAAAUGCA